AUGGCCGAAACCGAAACCGUUAUGGCGACGAAACCAAGAGUUCGCCGUUUCGUAAGAUUUGGGAUUUUUCUAAUCUCUCACAGUAACUAUGUUAGCUUCAUUGGUUUCGUAUCAGGAAUCGUUGCUCUUCUUCUUCUACCUAUACUCGCUAAGAAUACUUACAUUUCCGAAAAUGCCCUCAUGCCAGGUUCUGCUAACAACAUGCUCUCUACUCAACAUGUUUCCCACGCUACCGAAUUCGUCAAUGAUUUAACUGAUUCUGUUGGUGAAAGUCAUAAAAUUGUUGCACAGUAUAUGUCAGCGUUGGAUGCUGAGGUUACUUAUCACAAGUUCCAUCCUCAACUGAAUCAAUUUCAUCCGUUGCACUUUUUCACAAGUCCCGAUUCGGGUAUAGUCUCAAAAAAUAUAAGCUGUUCAUCACUUGGAAUCAACAUUGCUGGAAUAAUUAGAGCACCACGGGGUGAUGGCAAGGAAUCUAUUGUCUUGGUAACACCUUACAAUCCAAGGAAAGUUGGUCCUGGAGAGGCUUUGUCUUUGGGCAUUGCUUACUCGGUGUUCUCACUGCUUUCACGGGUUACUUGGCUGGCAAAGGACGUCGUAUGGCUUGUGGCAGAUUCACAAUACGGAGAAUAUUCUGCAGUGGCUGCUUGGCUAAGAGAAUACCAGGCUCCUGCAUUCCGUGAAGCUGACAUAGAUAAUAGUGAAACUUGCAAUGCUAUUAAUGAACUUGGACAAAAUCCUUCUUCUGAUAGGAAGUUAUACGGUGGUUUUAGACGUGCUGGAACUAUGGCUGCAGCUCUUGUAAUAAAAGUUGCUGAACAAGGUAACCGUCAUGAAGACAUUCUUAAUAUCUACCCUGAGGCGUCAAAUGGGCAGAUGCCAAACCUUGACCUCAUCAAUAUUGUAAAUUAUCUCGGAGUGCAUAAACGUGGUUUGCGGGUAAAAGUGAAUAAGAUGUUUUCUCUAUUUGGCUCUAGGUGGCUUAAUACUUUGGGUGGUAUAUUGGAAUCUCUGGGACAAAUUGCUAGGAGCUUGAAUCCUCAAUGGAAGUUUGGUAUUUCUGCUACUGAGUAUGUUGAGGGUGCAGCUACACUGGCAAGUUCAUUGUAUUUACAGGGGUUGGGUGUUCCCACUGGUCCUCAUGGUGCCUUCCGUGAUUACCAAGUUGACGCAAUCACUCUGGAAAUUUCACCAAAAAUUUCUCCUAAUAAAAUGAUCAGUCAUAGUCGUAAUGAAUUUAUUCUCCGUGGUGGAAGGUUGAUUGAAGGAGUCGUACGCUCAAUAAACAACCUUCUUGAGAAGUUCCAUCAGUCGUUCUUUUUGUACCUCUUGACAUCUUCUAGUAAAUUUGUGUCUGUGGGAGUUUACAUGAUUCCAUUUGCAUUGCUUAUUGCACCACUUCCGAUAGUUGCGGGAUCUCUCUAUGCCGAAGCGACCAAAUCCAUACCUUCCUCUGAAGUUGUUGUCAGACACAGUUCUUGGAAAUGGCUGAACUCAGCCAGAAAGGUUUUGGCCAUUCAUUUAUGGGGUGCUGUUGUUUCCUUACUCCCAUAUUUCCUAUAUCAAAUACCGAAUUCCACCCCAACAACAAACAUUACAGUGUGGGGUUUACUAUCAGCUCUUAGCCUCCUAAUUUUAUACUUCGUAUUGGGUUCUCCAAUUUUCGAAUCCGCUACAUCCCAACCCGAGAAAGACGAAUGGGCCAGCUUAAAGUCUGUAACAAUAGCAACCGCUUUCAUUGGUUUAUCUCUCAUGUCAGUAAUUAACUUCGCAACAGCAGAAAUCGGAGCAUUACUCAUUGUCCCAAUUUGUUUGAUUGCUCGACCGUUGAAGCUUGAUAUUCGAUCCAGGAGUUUCAGAACCUUAUCGAGGGCCGCAUGUAAUCUUGCUCUAAGUCUUAUUGUGUUUCCUCCAGUAGCAUAUUUUUUAAUAAAAGGCGCAUUUGAAGAUUCUUAUGGUGUUAAUGUUGGUGAUUAUUGGAACUGGGUGGAAUCUCUUUGGACAUGGAACAGUGCUACUUACCUCUAUGUAGGCAUAGUUCAUCUACCAUGCUGGGCACUUUGUAUUCAUAUUUUAUUUCAUCCUUGUUGA